AUGCGAGGAAAAACGUUGCAAAUUUUAUUAGUUGUGAUGAUCCUGCCACUAAUAAGUUUGGCCGCAGAUCCUGAAGCUGGUUUGCACAAAUAUCGUGCUUCGCCCAAACUCACGGGUCCUGUGAAACUCCUACACGAUCCCGAGGAUGCCAUAUUGAACACCUUGGAUGGGGCUCUGGAGAAGAUAUCAACGAUCUAUAUGCAGGCUUUGUUCGCUGGCACUCACACCCCCGAACUGGAAGCUCCACUGCGGGCCCUCGAAAUGGAGCUAUUCGAUCUGUUGGACCAGCUAUAUAACCAGAAUCGUCUCAAGGACUAUAUGAAGUACGAGGCGGAAGUGACGCGACAAAUGAUUAUCUACAACAUGCUCAAGCGAUUGUUUGGCUACACUCAGGAUGUUGUGGAAGUUGAGGCAGGAGCCCUCUGA